AUGUUACAAAUUGAACAAAAUAAUUUAUUAAUUGAAAGUACAUUAACAGAAAGAAUUUUUUCAAAUACAUUUAAAUCAUUAGAUAGAAUAGUCUCAGAUUUUGAUUUCACAACGUACCAUUUAUCAUCAAUUGAAAAUAAGACAAAAAUAUUAAUAUCAAUAAAUUUAAAAUGUUGGAAUGAUUUAGCUCAAUACGGAGUCACUCAAAUCCUCUCAGAAAAAUAUCAACCAUUUUCAUCAGUAUUAUCAACAACAGACGCAGAACAAGGCUAUAAUUACUCAUUCAUUUUAGAUUUGGAAAGUGCAUUUGAUCAAGAUCAAGAUUUCAAGUUAUCACUCAUUAAUGAAUUGUCCCUCUUGAAGAGAAAUUCAAUGGCUGCUCCUUUCUGCGCUGCUUUUUCAAGAUAUGAUGAGUUGUUUAAAAAAUAUGCAAAUGUCAAUACAUAUUCAGAAGAAGUUCAAAUGGAACUCCAAAAUGAAAAAGUAAUAAUUAUAAAAUACAGAGGUCUAAACGAGUCAAUCUAUCUCAAACCAUCAUUCGAUCGUGUUACUAUAAUUUUUUCCACCAUGUUUCAAGAUGAGACAGAUAAGAUCUUUGGAAAAGUCUUUUUACAGGAGUUUGUCGACGCAAGGAAAAGAUCAGUUCAAACUGCUCCCCAGGUAUUAUACAACACUGAAGCACCAUUAGAUAUAGCUAACGAUGUUAAGAAAGGUGAACAUUUCGUCACAUUUGUGCUUUUUCCUCGUCAUUUAACAAUUGGUGAUAAACGUGAAAAUUGUAUUUCUCAUAUUCAAUUAUUUAGAUCUUAUUUCCAUUAUCAUAUUAAAUGUUCCAAGGCUUAUAUGCAUUCAAGAAUGAGAUUUAGAGUUAAAGAAUUUUUGAAGAUUUUAAAUAGAGCUAAACCUGAGAAUUUAGAUGAUGAUGGGAAGGUUAUUGAGACUAGGAAGACUGCUAGUGGUAGAACUUUUGUUAAGUAA